AUGUCUCCACAUUUUCUAGAUGAGAGAGAUGCAUCGGUGCAGGCAUCAGACAGCAUUCCCACCACUAGCCAUGACGAAAUACAAGACGCAAUCGCAAUCACCGGCUUCAGCAUCGACUUUCCGCAAGCCAGCACGGCAGAUGAAUUCUGGGAGCUUCUGGCAAAGGGUCGUUCUGCUGCCCGCCACUUCCCUUCAGAGAGAUUGAAUCACGGUGCCUGGCACAAUGCCGCUGAAGGUUCACAAGGAUCUAUACGUCCACAACGAUCGUAUUUUCUGGACCGCGACAUUGGAGCGUUCGAUGCACCGUUUUUUUCCAUCACAGAAGCUGAGGCGGAAGCAAUGGAUCCGCAACAGCGUGGGCUCUUAGAAACAACGUACAGAGCGCUGGAAGAUGCUGGCAUGCCAAUUUCAACCAUCAGUGGCACCGAUGCUUCAGUCUUCACCGGCUGUUUCACUGCGGACUACUUGCUGCUUGCCGCAAAAGAUCCAGAAAGAUUGCCGAAGUACUUUGCAACGGGUUCCGCCGGUGCUAUGUUGUCCAAUCGUAUUAGCACCUUCUUCAACCUGACUGGUCCAAGUAUGACCAUAGACACCGCAUGCUCAAGCAGUCUCGUAGCUUUGGACAUGGCCUGCGAAUCUCUUCGUCGCGGUAGUUCUUCACUGGGGAUUGUUACUGGAUGCAACUUGAUCUACUCGCUUGAUUUCACCAUUGGCUUAUCAAACAUGGGAUUCCUGUCCCCCGAGGGUAUAUGCCACAGCUUCGAUGCGCGAGCCAAUGGGUACGCACGAGGCGAGGGGUUUGGUGCUCUUAUAAUCAAGCCGCUGUCAGCUGCAUUGCGAGAUGGCGAUACUAUCCGAGCCGUCAUACGUGCAACUGGAUCAAACCAAAACGGCUACACAACCUUGGCGCAUCCUAGUAAAGAUGCUCAAAUUCGGUUAAUCCAAGACACUUACCGGCGUGCCCGACUCGACAUGUCUGUAACACAGUUUAUCGAGGCACAUGGCACGGGCACGUCAGCCGGGGAUCCGAUUGAAGCAGCGGCGAUAGGUGAGGCGUUCAGAUCUUCUCCAAGGAAAUCGCCGCUUUUGGUUGGCGCCUCAAAAGCUAAUGUAGGCCAUCUCGAGGGUACUAGUGGCAUAGCUGGUGUAGUGAAAACUAUCCUAGUCCUCGAAAGAGGCAUUAUCCCUCCAAUCGCAGAUCUUGAUCAGCUCAACCCAGCGAUCGAUGACGAGUUCUGGAACCUAACCUUCCCUAUGGCAUGCGUUCCGUGGCCGACCAAGGGCCUCCGUAGGGCGUCAGUGAACUCGUUCGGUUUCGGUGGCUCUAAUGCCCACGCCGUUCUUGACGAUGCGCACCACUUUCUAGCCCAACAUGGCCUGCAAGGAAAUCAUUGUACCUCUACAUCUCCACCCGGUAACGCGGAUAUAGAUCGCUCCAGCCAAUUACCCUCAAUGGUUUCCACAAAUCGUACGAUGUCAGUAGAGCGUCCUCAGUUGUUUGUCUGGUCAACAGCGGAUGAGAAGGCCAUAUCGAGGCUUUUGGAACUAUAUCAUUCGCAUUUAGAAAACAUGACGACGAGCCACGCACAGAAGGAGAUUUACAACCUGUCGCUUGCAACAACCCUAAGCGACAGAAGAAGUAUUUUGCCAUGGAAAAGCUUUAUCGUUGCCAACAAUAUGGAUGAGCUAAUCAAAGCGACCGAGACUGUGCCGGUAUCGGUUAAGUCCAAGCCGAAUGCGCAACUUGGUUUUGUAUUCACUGGCCAAGGUGCCCAAUGGGUUAACAUGGGUGCAGAACUUCUACUUUAUCCAACCUUUCGACAGCGUUUGUUGCAAGCGGAACAAUAUCUGCAAGCACUUGGUUGCUCGUGGCAAAUUAUCGAUCUCAUCGGCAACCACGAAGCCUCUAGCACUGGCGAUAUUCAUGAUGCUCAAUUUGCUCAGCCAUUGUGCACAAUCCUGCAGAUGGCGCUUGUAGAUCUGUUGCAGACUUUCAACAUUACACCCUCGGUUGUACUCGGCCACUCCAGUGGAGAAAUAGCGGCAGCGUACGCAGCAGGUGCAAUCUCGUGCGAAUCUGGCUGGAAACUGGCGUACUAUCGUGGAACACUGUCCUCCGAGCUCUCGAAGAAAAGCUCUGUGUCAGGUGCCAUGAUGUCCGUCGCGCUCAAUCAUGAUGUAGCAACAUCAUACAUGAAGACCAUUGCCCCUUCCACUGGGUCUAGAUUUCUGUGCGUGGCUUGCAUCAACAGUCCUAGCAACGUUACAAUCUCUGGCGACACUUCGUCAAUCCAACGAUUGAAGCUAUAUCUGGACCAAGAGGGUGUCUUCAAUCGUGUAUUGACUGUACCGGUGGCAUAUCACUCGCCGCAGAUGGAAGGUAUAUCCUUGGCCUACGAAAGAGCUAUUAGUCCGCUUGGCAACGAAAAAAAGGACGGUCGAGGAUGCCCCAUGAUCUCUACUGUGACGGGAAAAAGGAUCUCCCCAGCGGAGCUCCUUCGCCCAUCUUACUGGGUCGGCAAUAUGGUGUCCCCGGUCCGAUUUGCGGAUGCUAUCGAGACAUGCUGCAUUCCUUCAGGCCGUAGAGCAACCAGGAAGAUUGAUCUCAGCCACCGUAAUACAGUUUGUGCAACAGAGUUGCUGGAGAUUGGACCACACUCUGCAUUGCAAAGCUCCAUUCGGGAAAUCCUAAUUGACGCACCAGGCGGAAAGCCGGUUGGUUACGCAUCUCUGCUCAUCCGUCACAAGCAUGCAAUAGUCACCUUAAUGAAUGCCCUCGGCAGAUUAUACUGCUUGGGGUACCUACUGGAAGUUACGCAGCUAAACGCGAUUGGAGAUAAACCUCAGCGGCAGGCAGUAACGCUACCCGGUUUGCCACAGUAUCCUUUCGACCACUCGAAAACCUACUGGACCGAGUCACGGAUCAGUAGGAAUCUGAGGUUCCGGACGCACGGUUCGAACUCUUUGAUCGGUGCACCGGUAAUGGAUGGGAACCCUCUGGAACCCCGUUGGCGUAAUUUCCUUAGCGCGUCACCAACCUCGAUGUGCGCUUGGGUCCGUGAUCAUAAGAUCAACGGUACCGUAUUGCUACCAGCUGCUGGCAUGAUGGUAAUGGCAAUCGAGGUUGUUUCUCAGAUUCUAGAAAGCGGUCCGCUACCAAUCGUCGCCUAUGAGAUCAGGAACGCAAAGUUCCUCUCAGCCUUGGCGGUUCCUCUAGAGGAAGAGGGAAUCGAAACGCACAUCUGUCUUAGACAUGCAGCCGACUCAUUACACCCGGGGUUCGAGUUCUCCAUAUGCACGCGUGGAGAUUCAUCUACGCUAGAGAUCUGUCGGGGACAUGUUCACGCAAUCUUUGACGACCGAAACUCAACCUCUAUUGAAGACGCCCAUGAAACCGCUGAGGCAGCACGCAUGAUCUCAACGAAAGUCGAGGACUUCUUACGGCAGUCUCCAAAAGAAGACAGUGGACAAAAAUUGUACAGUCGUUUGUAUAAUCUAGGCUAUCACUUCGGUGAGAGCUUUCGACGCAUUCAGAAUAUACACUACGACGAUGGUGUCAUUCAUCCAGCAACUCUAGACGGAAUACUGCAAAUGAUGCUUCCAGCUGCGACCUUAGGUGGCAACCGCGACAUCAGUACCACCGUUCCGACGCGGAUAGUCCGACUUCGAAUCUUCAAAAACGACCGUUUGCAUAACGCCAGUCACAUCUCUCCACUUCAAGCUCACGUCUCUUUGCAUCGAAUCAAUUCUCGUACGAUAUCUUCAAGAAUCAACGCCUACGAUCCGGACAGUGGUACCCUGGUGGUAACCGCAGAUGGAGUUGAAGCUACUGCAGUGACUGAUUCUGAUUUUGAUCACGCAGACCAAGAAAAGGCUCGGAGGCUAUGCUUUGAUCUGAAAUUCCGACCAGAUAUUUCUCUCUUAAACAAGACAGAGCUCGAAAAACUUCUUUCGGAAGCUCGCCCUACGUGCCCUGAUCCUACCGAAUACUGGCGAGAUAUUAUGACCUUUAUCUCUGGGAUCAUGCGAAAAGCAUCGCAAGAAGUCUCACCUUCAGACGUGGCGUCACAAGCACCACAUCUGAGGAAACACUUCGCAUGGAUAACCGAGCACCCCGCGAGUAAGAUGGAAAGUGACGUCGCGCUUGAUGAGCUACAUGUUCGCAUUCGGAGCCACGGACGAUUAGGAGAGAUCUACAGCAAUUUUGGGCAGUACUUGAACCAGAUUCUCAAGGGCGAGCGUGAUGCCCUUGAGAUUUUGAGCGGCGACAACGUCCUACGAGACUAUUAUGAUGUUGCUAGAGAUUCAUGGAAAUUCAUGUCACCUAUGAAGACCUACAUCGAAUUAUUAUCGCACAAGAACCCAGCAUUGAAGAUCCUUGAGGUUGGCGCAGGUACUGGCUCUACAACCAAGCAUAUUUUGGAGGCACUUGCUGCGUCAACGUCACACGGCAUCUCGGCAAGGUUCUCACAAUUCGAUUUCACGGACAUAUCCCGCUCUUUCCUCGCAAAAGCGGAAGACGAGUUCAGAGAGUAUCCAAAGAUGAGAUAUGGCAUUCUCAAUGUUGAGGAAGACCCGUCUGCGCAGGGUUACGAACCGGAAUCUUACGAUCUCGUCGUCGCAGCAAAUGUUCUUCAUGCGACUAAGUCGCUAGACGUCACACUUAGCUCGUUGAGGAAAGUGUUGAAAAAGAACGGGAAGCUUGUACUCAUUGAGAUUACGGAACCGGAGUUCAUCGCUGCGCCGAUCAUCUUUGGGUGUCUAUCAGGGUGGUGGCAGAGCACAGAUAGUUAUCGGACCCAAAGUCCUUGCAUAUCAGCGCAACAAUGGGAUCAGGUUCUGAAACGCAACAACUUCUCUGGCGUCGAUAUCCUCUCCCGCGAUCAUGAUAACUCUUACCACAACGUCAGUCUAAUGAUCUCAACGGCUAUUAGCUCGGCAACCCCCAUCAAUAUUGCAACAGCUAGCGAACUUACUCCAGUUACUGAGCUCGAGUCAGCGACGAGGCUAGAGCUACAAUCAACAAUAGCCGUUGACAAUCGAUUCACGCGUAUAAUUGGAGGUCUCGAUACUUCAUAUGACAGCGGUCUGGCCCAGACUGUGAAAGAGCAAAUUGGGAACUCUCAAGUUGUCAUUGGAUCUUUCCGAGACGCCGCCAGUACCUCUGACUUGAGCGACUGCCUCGUCAUUGUUGCUUAUGAACCGCCUUGGCAGCAACUAGACCAACUGUCAGAUGAUCAGUUCUGUCACUUCCAAACGGUGCUUACAAGAGCGAAAGCACUUCUAUGGAUUUCUGAGGCUACCGCUUCAGAUAUAAACUGCCCACAGCAUGCAAUGAUAACUGGCUUUGCGAGAACUCUGCGUACGGAGAGAACUGGCCUUAUCUUCACACAUCUGAUAUUGAGCGGCGAAGGCGAAGACUCUCGGAGACGACAUAUCUCUCAAGCUCUCGAGAAUACGCUAGUUGGCAUCAAAACUGGGGCUUAUGAGCCUGAGCUAUCAGUAUCCAAUGGUUUGCUUACGAUUCCACGUAUCUACGAAGACGACGACCUCGACCAGACUGUUUACAGUAUGACUGUACCUCAACCCCAGGAAACGCAUUGGGGGCAUCGAGACCUUACCCUGCAAAUCAAAUCACCCGGGUUGCUGGAUUCACUAUACUUUGCUGAGUUGAGUCAAGAUGCCUCAGUUCUCGCACCUGACGAAUUAGAAGUCGAGGUCAGAGCCACUGGCGUCAAUUUCAAAGACGUGCUUGUCGCAAUGGGACAGGUCAACGACAGCACUUUCGGCACUGAGUGUUCUGGGGUCGUGCUCCGAGCCGGUAAUCAGUGCAAUGCCAGGCCCGGAGAUCGCGUUGUAGUCUGCCACUUAGAUGCGUUCCGACGAACAAUUAGGUGCAGGGACUUUGCCGUCGCUCUCGUGCCAGAGAAACUGUCCUUUGCCGAAGCAGCAUCAAUUCCAACGAACUUUAUUACAGCUUAUCGGGCGUUGUUCGACACAGCACGGCUACAGUCCGGGGAAACCGUUCUGAUCCACGCGGGGGCAGGCGGAACGGGGCAAGCGGCGAUUCAGGUCGCUGAGUACCUUGGUGCUAUCGUCUUUACUACUGUUAGCUCCGAGAGUAAGAAGCAAUUGCUGAUGCAGUUGUACCAGAUUCCGGAAGAACAUAUCCUAUAUAGCAGGGACUUAUCCUUCGCCAAGGCCAUCCAACGUCUUACCAAGGGCAAAGGAGUUGACGUCGUUUUGAACUCCCUGUCUGGGUCCAGUCUCUUGGCUUCCUGGGAGUGCAUUGCGCCUUAUGGCCGUUUCAUUGAGAUCGGCAAACGCGAUAUUCUAGAUCGUCGUAACCUCCCCCUGGCUCAGUUCGAGAGAAAUGUGACAUUCAGCGCUAUUGAUAUUGCUGCAAUGGCAACAGAGCGUCCGGAUCUAGUAUCUCGGAGUCUUGCCAACGUAUUGCGGUUAUUCGAAUGCGGUGCGCUUAGGGUUGUGCGUCCCUUCAAGACAUUUCCAAUUGCUCGGGUAGAAGAGGCAUUUAGAUAUCUUCAGACGGGAAAAAACUCUGGAAAGGUCGUUGUUGAGAUGACGCCUUCUAUGCAAGUCUCGGCUUUGGUACCAGCUCGAACUAUGUGGACGUUGAAUGCAAAGAGCACAUACGUGAUUGCUGGCGGUUUAGGCGGCCAAGGACGGAGCAUAGCCAAGUGGUUAGUAUCGAGGGGUGCACGCCAUCUGCUUCUCCUUUCGCGCCGUGGUUCAAGCAGUACUGUCGCCAUCAAGUUUGUCGAGGAGAUGAAGGGCAUGGGCGUUACCGUCUCCGCGCCGACCUGCGAUAUCACCAACCGAAACGCGCUGAGCAAAGUGCUGGGCCACUGCGCGCGGUCGAUGCCACCUAUCAAGGGCUGUUUCCAGUCUUCGGCGGUUUUCCGAGAUACUUAUUUCGACAAAAUGACCUGCAACGAAUGGAAUGAGGCUCUCCUGCCCAAGGUCACUGGGUCCUGGAAUCUCCACUCCCUCCUACCCCAUGAUAUGGACUUUUUCAUUUUUCUCUCCUCUCUCACCGGCAUAAUUGGCUCUCAAGUUCAGACCAACUACGCAGCGGGAAACACUUUCGAAGACGCGCUGGCUCAAUACCGUGUCUCCAUCGGCCAGAAGGCAACAUCGAUAGAUCUGAGUGCGAUGCAGUCCGAAGGUGUCCUUGCCGAUCAUCGCGAAGUCUUCGAGCAGAUUGUCAACGUCAAGCAACUACUUCCAAUGUCCCAGGAAGAGCUCUUCGCCAUCCUGUCUCAGUACUGUCAACCGACAAUGACUCGGGCUCAAGUCAUCACUGGCCUGGAGCUACCAGCGUCCGUCGCGGCGAAAGGCGCACAAGAACCGGCUUGGAUGAGCCAGCCGAUGUUCAGCAUCCUGCAUCAACUGUCGCCCACGACUACCUCGGCAAACACGUCAGAUUCGAGUGCCACGGCGCAGGAUACUAACACACUGCUACAGAGUGCUGAGUCGCCAGAGCAGUUGACAAAUGUGCUUUUGGCCGCUCUCAGGCAAAAACUGUCAAAGUUCCUUUCCAUAACAACUGAGAACUUCGAUGUGGACAAACCUUUGCACUCGUACGGCGUGGACUCGCUGAUCGCAAUGGAGCUGAGGAAUUGGUUUUUGAAGGUGCUAAAAGUUGAGGUUUCGGUGUUUGAGGUGCUGGGUGGGAGUUCGACACGAAGUCUGGCAGCGACGGUUGCGCAGAAAAUUGAGCCGGGCAGAGACGACGUUGGUCCGUAG